UAAUGGAAAGCACUUAGAUUUAGUUGAAAAAACAAGUUUUUUUCUUUUUAUUUAAUAAAGGACUUUAGUUAAAUUAACUUAAAAUCAACAGAACAAAGUCUGAUUCCAAAGCAAAAUUUUACAAUAGAAACAGCGAAAAUAUUUAUUAUUCGAAAUUUUAAUGAUUUUUAUAAAAUAUUUGAAUAGUGCAGUGAAAAGUUGAUUUAGUUGAUUGAAAUUUAAUUAAUCCGGAGUUGGCUAAAAUAAAAGAAAAUGGGUCCGGUUACAAUAAGAAGGGGACGGCUUAUUCGAUACGGAGUGUGCUUACUUGUAAUACUACCAUUGCUUUAUUUAUUAUCAAAUUGGUCUGAUUCAAAUAGACUGGAUUCCGAACACAGAAAACGUUUAAAUGUACAGCAUUUAAAGCUGCGUAAAGAAGUUCCAAGACUUCUUCAAGGCUUAGGAAAUUUUGAGCCAAAAAAUCCUGAAAUGAGAGAAGGACCUGGAGAAAAUGGUACAGCGCAUAAUUUACCACCUUCGAAAAAAUAUUUAGCUGAUUCAACUGAAAUGGAAUAUGGAAUGAAUAUAGCGUGCUCGGAUGAAAUUUCACUUGAUCGAUCUGUGCAAGAUACAAGAUUAGAAGAAUGUAAACAUUGGGAUUAUCCAUAUGAUUUACCAAAAACCAGUGUAAUUAUUGUUUUUCAUAAUGAGGGUUUUUCUGUACUUUUAAGGACUGUUCAUUCUGUUAUCAAUCGUUCUCCAAAACAUGUUUUGCAUGAAAUUCUUUUAGUUGAUGAUUUCUCUGAUAAAGCGGAUCUAAAAGAAAAGUUGGACAAUUAUGUUCAAAAGUUUGAUGGUAAAGUUAAAAUAAUUAGAAAUAAAGAACGUGAAGGUUUAAUUAGAACUCGAUCAAGAGGUGCAAAAGAAGCGACUGGUGAAGUUAUUGUAUUUUUAGAUGCACAUUGUGAAGUAAAUACUAAUUGGCUCCCGCCAUUAUUAGCGCCAAUUUAUCGUGAUCGCACAACAAUGACCGUACCAAUAAUUGAUGGGAUUGAUCAUAAAAAUUUCGAAUAUCGCCCAGUUUAUAGGGAUGGCCAUCAUUAUCGUGGUAUUUUUGAAUGGGGUAUGUUGUAUAAAGAAAAUGAAGUUCCAAGGAAAGAACAAAGAAGACGUAAACAUAAUAGUGAGCCAUAUCGAAGUCCAACACAUGCUGGCGGUUUGUUUGCUAUAAAUAGAAAUUACUUCUUGGAGUUAGGUGCUUAUGAUCCCGGAUUAUUAGUUUGGGGUGGUGAAAAUUUUGAACUUAGUUUUAAAAUAUGGCAAUGUGGUGGUAGUAUAGAAUGGGUACCAUGUUCAAGAGUUGGUCAUGUUUAUCGCGCUUUUAUGCCCUAUAAUUUUGGAAAACUAGCAUCAAAGAAGAAAGGUUCUCUUAUAACAAUUAAUUAUAAACGUGUUAUUGAAACAUGGUUUGAUGAUAAAUAUAAAGAAUACUUUUAUACAAGGGAACCGCUAGCACGUUAUUUAGACAUGGGCGAUAUCUCAGAACAAUUAGAGUUAAAGAAAAAAUUAAAUUGUAAAAGUUUUCAAUGGUAUAUGGAUAAUGUUGCUUAUGAUGUAUUUGAUAAAUUCCCAGCAUUGCCAGCUAACAUGUACUGGGGUGAAUUGCGUUCUGUUGCGGCUGAUACAUGCUUAGAUGCUAUGGGACAUGAACCGCCAUCGAUUAUGGGUUUACAACAUUGUCAUGGUUUUGGUAUGAAUCAACUAGUAAGAUUAAAUGCUGCUGGACAAUUAGGUAUAGGAGAGCGUUGCGUUGAAGCUGAUAGACAGGGUGUUAAAUUAGCAUAUUGUCGUUUAGGCACUGUUGAUGGCCCAUGGCAAUAUAAUGAGAAAUCUAAACAUUUAUUGCAUCGUGUUCAUCAAAAAUGUAUGGCCUUACAUCCUGUCUCAAAGCAAUUAUCAUUAGCACAUUGUGAUAUUAAUAAUGCGUACCAACAAUGGAACUUUAAUCUAAUUAAAUAUCCAUAGAACUACUUGCAAAAUAAAAACAGUAAGAUAAUAGGAAAGGAAAAAAAUGAAAAACGAAAGACCAUAUUGAACUUUUAAGAAAAUUCUUUAUAAAUUAUAUACAUAAUUAAAAAUAUUUAAUAGAUAAUAGUUAUAAAAUUAUAUAAAUAUAUAAAAUAAAAAUAUUUUAGAGUAAUAUUUGUUAAGUAAAAGGAAAACAAGCGUUAAGAAUAAUACACAAAUUAGAAAAGAAAAUAUGAAUAAAAACUGAUUAACUAUUAAGUAAAAUUUAUUAUUAGAAUCGAUAAAAUAUUAUUGUAUAAAUAUAUAUAUAUAUAUAUAUAUAUAUAUAAAGCAAAAAUGAACGAAUUACUUGAGUGAGAUAAAGGAAAGAAAAUUACAUUGAGUGGCAAAAAAAAAUUAAUAGUGAAAUAAUUGUUAAAGCAAUCAAACAUUCUUUAGAUUUGUAAGACUUUUUUUUUAAUUUCGAACAAAAUAAUAUAGAAAUGAUAGAAAAUAAGAAAUUAUAAUAAAACGUAUAAAAACUUUAUAGAAAAAUUUCAAAUUUUUCGAAAAAAAAAAAUUGUGAUGAUUUGUGAAUAAUGAAUUUCCACUAAUUUCAACUAAUUAAUUACGAAAACAAUUUUUUAACUUAUUUAUAUUUUAAUUUGUAAAUCGAUGUCUUUUAUAUUAAAUAUUAAUAUUAAUGACCAUUUUAUGCUGUAAAAUUGAUUAUUGUCACAACUUGAACCUAAGAGGUUCAAUAUAUUUUUGAAAUGCGCAUAACGUAAUAUCAUUAAUAUUAAUUUUGUAUGUAUGUAUUUAAAAAAAGUAAAAGUAUCCAGUAUAUAAUAUAAAAUCGUAUUAAAAAGUUGGUGUAUUGUCUUACUUCUUUUGUAGCUAUGUAAAUUUUUUUUAUGUUUCUUAAUUUUUUUCUUGUUUUUUAUAAAUUCAGUUCCUCUUAAAUACGGUGAGAAAAUUUCUGGAUUACUUAACACAUAUUUUAAAUUUUAUACUAAUUUUUUUUAUAUGUGAUUUUACUGAGAAUUAUAAAUAAAUUAUUUAUUAAACUGGCCUAAUUAUUAUAAAAAAAUAGUUUUCAAUAUGAAAGUCAUCACUCAAUAGCGUUUGAUUAACAAACUAUCUAAAAUCGUAAGAAGCACAUAAUGAAUUAGGAAAACGUUUAGAAACUUCUUUUUCUAUUAUUAAAAAUUUUUGUGAUUAAAGUAAUUAAUUCCAUAUUUGUAUAAAUAAAAUUGUAAUAGUUAAGUUAUUUUUCAGCAA